AUGGGCUCCAACAACAUCGUCAAAGUUGCUCUGGUCGUCAUGUUAGUGCUUGCGACUCCAGGCUUCUCCACGGCCAUUCCCGAUGAUCUUCAUGGUCUCGCCGAUCGCUGGGAGCAGUUCGCGAAGGGUUCGUCCACUGCGCUGCAGCGAACAAACUUCGGCGUGGUAGAGCAUGACGGUCAAAUUGCCAUCUUUGGAGGCCAGAGACCGACGGGGAAUGGUGCGAUUUACCUCAACGACCUCUGGACGUUGCAGAGUGGUGGAGAGUUCAGUAACGUUGAAUGCUGCGGGUGGUUGCCGAGAAUGAAAUUCGCGUAUGCCGUUCACAUAGUCAACGGAACAAGAACUCUCUUUGUCAUCGGCGGCUACAGUUACAACGGAAACGUCCCCUUCUUCUACAGCGACGUCUGGGCGACGUCAGAUUUUGCCAGGUUCUCCUUCGUCCAGUUGAGUCCUACAGGCUUCUUGCCUCCCUGCUCCGGCUGCGUCGCAGUAUCCUUCAAGAGCUACCUCUUCCUCAUCGGCGGUUGCUACAGCAGCGACAACAGCUGCGCCACCAUGGUCACACAGAUCUACUACUCCUCGGAUGGUUCGGGCUGGCAGAAGGCAAUUUCAGAUUUGGACGCCAUCACGCUUUGGGAAAACUCGAAACCUGACAAUGUCAUGGCGGCUGUGAACGGAGAGGACCUGGUCCUCGUGCAGUACAACAGCAACGGCAACGAAGUGUGGAGCUUGUCGUGGGAUGAAAGAACGAAGAGGUUGAACAUCGGAGCAGGUUCCAUAGGAACGAUCUCUUCCAGCAAUGGGGGUGCUAAAUUCUCUGCCGUCUUUCUGUCCUUGUUCUCAAACCUCUGGCUCCUUACUGGCAACACCUUCUCAUCCACCAGCUCCUCCUACAUUGUUUACAGCUCCGACAGCGGAGGAUCUUGGGCCACGGACAGCACCCAGGACCAGCAACAGCAGCAGCUGCUCAUGAGGGAACGAGCAGCAGGCAUCGUGUGGAACAAACGGCUGUGCGUGCUCGGGGGAAGAACCUAUUCGAACAGCGUCCUCUCGAACAUGUGGUGUUCAGUACCGCCCAAAUUCCCUGCUCCUUCUCUCUCUAUCGUAGAUCCGCCCUCGCAAGACGGUUGGUUCUCAAGUCCAGUCAAGGCAUCCAUCCGGACCGGAACAAUCCCAUCGGAGUCUUGUGCUGAGAUACGAUUUCAAGUCACCACAGCUCAAAGUCCUGCUCCUCCUACUCCUCAAAACAUCCUCUACUCCUCCUCCUUCAACAUCGACCUUGGGGGGCUUGACAGCCAGGCCAUGUACGUCUACAUGCAGGUCACCUUCCCCUGCUCCGAGGGCUUCACGGCCUCGGACGUCUCCUCGACUCCCAUCAAUGUGAUGCAGAAGCUGAGUAGCCCCUCCUGCUCCCCGAAGGGCUCGAUCUCGGUGAAGGGAAGUGCAACAGCGACAGCCGAGCUUCUCUGCCAGACCAACGCAGCUGAAGUGACUGUGAGCUACUCCUACUCUGGAGAUGCGAACACACUGCGGAACUCCAACUCCCCUGCCAGCCUUGUCCUCGUCGACGGAGCUUCCACUGUCAAGGUUUCCUGUAAGGCUCCUCACUGGGUGGACAGCGACGAAGUCUCUUUCUCCUUCACCGUCACGAGGGAGGCAGGGGAGGCGCCGAAAGGAUCAACUUCCUCCUCCUACACCACCACGAGAGCCUCUAGCCCCAUCGAGUCCACUCCUUCCCCCUCCCCCUCCCUCCCCCCGCAGUCUCCCUCCGUCUCCUUCCACAGCUUCUGCUGCGACCAGACGUGCAGGUCUACCUGCUUGCUGCAGACAGCGCAAGACGUCGUCCUGCACCUUCAAGGUUCCAACCUCAACAGGGUCGAGGACGUCAGGGUCGGUGGGCGAGCGUGCGGGAGGGUAGGGGAGGCAGCAGCCAUCAGUCUUGUUUGCAUCUUCGCCCCUGGGCUGGGAGAGGAGCAGGUGACGGUGGGAUGGACCGACAGCGGCGAGACCCGGACCCUGCAAGUCGCCCGCAUCGUCUACCCUGCUCCUGUCGCUGCCCUCCUCGCCUUCUCCUCCGCCCCCCCCUGCACAGGCGCCACCGUCACCAUCUCAGGCUCCAACUUCGGUUCGCUCCUAGCUGGCCACGUCUUCGAGGGCGUCGCCUCCACCUUCCUCGGUCAUGAAGUUCGCGGGAUGGUGGGAGCCAGCUGGGCUAGGCAGGUCAUGUGGGUCGCCGACUCGUCUGUUCUCGUCAUGGCACCACCUGGAGCAGGAGCCCAGCUGCGAGUCCAGCUGUUCUUAGAUGGAGUGGGCGUGGUGCAGCAAGCUUCCAGCUCGCAUCAGUUCAGCUACUCUCCUCCUCGCAUCUCGUCUGUCAGGCCCUCGAUAGGAGGAGCAGAAGGCGCCAUGCUGGUCACUUUGACGGGAGUCAACUUCGGUUGCACCGCCCCUGACCCUCCUGCUGUUCUCCUCGGCCCUCAGGCUUGCAAGUCCGUCACUCGUAUCAGCGACAAUCAGAUCAUUUGCCUGUCGCCUCCCAGGAAUCAAAGUAUUCAAUCAACAAGCGUGAAUGUCGAGGUACAAGUAGCGGGUCAGUCAGCUGUCUCCCCGAGCUCCUACCUCUAUGUAGCAGCUUCGCAACCUGUCACCAUCUUCUUCUCAUCCCUUACAGAGGGAACGUUCAGUGACUCAGGGCUUCAAGUUACGGAGCUCCUCCUUCCUUCCGGUGAGCGCAUCGUCAUCAAUUCCUCGGCCAACACCCUGCCCUCGACCCCAGCAGGGGCUCCAGGAGGCAGUUCGAAGCUCCCGAGCUCGCAGAUCGCCGUCAUAGUCUGCGCUGUCAUCGUCAUCGUCUGCAGCUUCUGCUACCUCGCUCCCCGCCUUCGCAGCCGCCUCUUCCCCCCCCGCCAGUCUCACCCCAACUUCUCCCCCAACGUCGUCUUUGCCCAGUCUGAGCUCGCAGACGGACUGCCUUCCAUCCGAGUCGUCAGCGCCGACUCGGUCAGCUGGAUGUACAGCAGGGAGGAGGAGGUGGGAAGGUGCGAGCACUGCCAGCGCUCAGGCUUCCGCGUCUGCAUCCACCGGACCAUGAAGUCCAUGUGGGAGGAAGUCGAUGUUCAGCUUCCUCCUUCCGACGACAUUGACGAAGAACUCUGCGUCGUCUGCCUCGACCGCCCUCGGAACGUCAUCAUCGUGCACGGAAACGAGGAGAAGACCCUGCACAAGGUCACUUGCUCUCAGUGCACUCAGAGGAUCCGGGAGGCCGGCGGGCCCUGCCCGAUGUGCCGGCAGCCCAUCUUCGACGUCCUCGAGUGA